GACUGUCUGCUGCAAGAGAAUGCCGCUGUUCCGAGCUGGAGUUUCCGCCUGGGAUGACUUGUCUAAGAGAGAUACAGCUCAAUUCGGCCCGAAGGGGCGUUUGCCAUGUACCUUCCCGCUCGCUACGGAACGUUCUUGAGGCUGCAGCGAAUCUGCGUUGGUGUUCUUUGACAGGAGCUACUACAGACAAUGAUGAGGACCUUAUCUGUGCUCUAUUUGUACUAUCAUUCCUCGACGACCUACAACUUUUUGAUGUUUCCUUUAACCCGAGUCAUGGCUGGGGCAUGGACCCCUACCGUUUAUAUCAGCUACGCCGCAGACUUUUCCCGAGCUACCCAAUAUUCUGCGCUAACGAAGAAGCCUCUGCUAUAUGUGUAUGUAGGGGUCUAGGGUCAGCACCAGUAGAGAGACUACGUGAGAGCUAUCUUACUUGCCUCUGGUCCCGUAGUGGAUGGACACCAGAACGCCUAGCCUGUUGUGAAGUUGGAGUUGAUAAACUGGAGUGUCGGGAGUGCGAAGAGAUACUAAAUUGGUACUCAUCCAGUAGUGUGGUCCCUACAGUUUCUCAUGUAGUUGAGAGGGCAGUAUGUGGGCGUUCCCCUCCGCCCAUCGUCCGCAGCUGUGCUGAGGCCAGGCACCAGGCCCUUGCUGUCCGUCCCUGCCGAUCGCCGCCUCCUCCUUCACGACUUUGGAGGAGCAUCGCUACCUUCUUUGGUCUGUAGACAGCCCUUCACUCUGACUCGGUCCAUCGAUUCUGAACCGCUUGUAUGAUUUAUAGUUUUUCAAAGUCUAUUAGCAAAGCCUCCCUCUGCAAUGUAAAGUGGGACGGAGGUAUUAAGUACGCGGUAGCUGGUAUCUUUUUCACCGCCUUAGCUGUCACCUCAGUGGUUUGCCUUACGUCAGC